UCACUAGUGUGUUCCGCUGUUGAUGUAACAGUUGCCGGCUAGAAAAUUUACUUUGACAAUAUUUUGCAAUGCAAAUACGUCGUCCUCGCGGUGUCACAGUACCUCAGUUAAUGGUUGUAACUGCAAUUGGCUUCCUUGGCGGUGUUUAUAUCUGGCAGCCAUUGUUGGUCAAAUACAGAAACGAACAAAAAGCUGAUAAGUCCAUCGAGGCACCAGCACAAGCAGCAGCAACAACACCAGAAACAACAACAGCUACAAAAUGAGCUUCAUUAAAAAAUUUGCAUCGACAACAGUCGGUUUGAUGGCCAUUGGCGUCGGCUCCACGGCAAUCAUCUUUGCUACCCAUCGUUUUUUAAUCAAGCCCUAUCAGGAUAAAAAUCGUCGCCUUGAUGCCGAAGCCUGUGCGGAAUAUAUAUUUCAACAGGAGUCACAGAGAAGGGGUUAAAACAUCGGGGGUACUGCCAAUUUUAUAAGAUCAAUAUAACAAUAUUAUUAUAGAGUACGUACAACACACACACAACAUAUACAAAUAUUUAGCGUAGCAAAUUGAUUUCAAUACCCGAAAGCCAGUAAAAGUGUAUUUGGGCCUUUUCAUAAUUAAUUCAUUUGCAAAUUGUUCAAUCAAAUGUAAUUCUUUUACCAGCAAGAUCA